AUGUGGUGGAUACUUGAACUGGCUGUCGGGACGUUUCUGGCUGCGUCAACAAUCGCCAGCCCAAUUUCGCCAAGCACUGCCAACAAGCGAUACCUUGAGGAGCAGGAUGGGGUCAAGUACAACGUUUUUGAGCACAGCGCCACGAAGUCCAGAUUAUCAUUUGUCAAGAACUCGGGCAUCUGCGAAACAACCCCGGGUGUUAACCAGUACUCUGGGUAUCUCUCGGUGGGUGAGGGCAUGAACAUGUGGUUCUGGUUCUUCGAAGCUCGCGAGAAUCCUCGACAGGCACCACUUGUAGCAUAUUUCGAGGGUGGACCGGGGGACGCAUCCGAAUAUGGGUUUUUCACUCAGAAUGUGCCUUGUCAUUUUGUCAAUAACGAAACAUCACCGUCUUUAAACCCGUACAGUGUCGGGUUCUCGUAUGGCAACGCCACUGUCAAUUCGACUAAAGCGGCUGCUCCUCUAGUCUGGAAUCUGCUUCAAGCCUUUUACGACAGUUUUCCCGAAUAUGAAAAUCGCGACUUUGGUAUCUUCACCGAGUCGUACGGUGGUCAUUAUGGACCCGAGUUCGCGAGCUAUAUCUUGGACCAGAACGCCGCAAUUUCUCGAGGCGAUCUUCAUGCCGAAGAGAUCCGCUUAGUAGCCCUGGGUGUCAGCAAUGGGUGGUUCGACGCUACUAUUCAAGAAAAGGCUAACAUCGAGUACUUGUACAACAAUUCGUAUAGACAGCUCAUUAACGAGACCUUCUAUAAAGAGCUUCUAACGCGGUACGACACAAAAUGCAAGCCUGCGUUUGAUCGAUGUGCAGAUGUCGGUACGACUGAUACUUGUUUUGCCGCAUGGAAGUCAUGUAUGGAUGAGAUCGAAUAUCCAAUACUUGGCGUUCUAAACAAAGACCAUCCUGGAUUCUAUCUCGGCGACAUUCGCGACCCAUCAUUACGAGCCCCUUCGACACAUGUUGCAUACUUACAAAGACUCGACGUACAAGAAGCUCUUGGGGCAAAAGUAAAUUAUUCGGAGCCCGCCGGGGCCGCAGGUUUCAUCUAUUCAGGUGACGUGGUAGAUGCACGUUCAUUCAUGACCCAACUCUCGGCUGUCGUGCAAGCAAGUGUCAGGGUGGUGGUUUGGACAGGUGAUGCCGACUACGUCUCUAAUUGGCUCGGGACUCUAAGAGUGGUAGAUUUAAUUGAAUGGCCCGGAAAGAAGACGUUCACGAACCAGGACAUGACACCAUACACUCUCAACGGUACGCAAAAAGGAGUAUUCAAAUCUCUCGAUAAUUUAACCUUUAUGCGUAUUUUUGAAGCAGGGCAUCAUGUGCCGUUCUAUCGUACGUUUAAAUUAACUAGGCCCGACUGA